AAGACAGUAACAAAUAAAACUGAAACCAAGGAUUCAAGAGAGGGGAGAGAAGCCGAGAAAGAGCCAAAAAUAAAACGUAAAAAGAUUUGAUCUUUCCUUUUAACCUCCCUGCCUUGGCCACCUUCUAAGGCAGAGGAGGAGAUUCAUUUCUUUCUCUCCCCAUACAAAAAUCUCAAAAAAAUAAAAAUAAAAGUCAUUCCGAUAUGGCGUUUCAGGAUUUCGACCAGAUCCAAGAACGCGUAAACGCCAAUAGGAAACGUAAAAUCAGGAAGAGGAUCAUUGUUGGAACGGUCUCUUUGAUUGUGGCUGUUGCUGCAAUUGUUGGAGGAACUUUUGCUUUUGUUGCUUACGAGAAAAGAAAUGAACAACAACAAGCAAAGAACCACAACAAAAGCGGUAGCGGCAACAACGUCAAGGAUGGCGAAAAGAAGAGCCAGAGCCCACCAAGCCCAACCCAAAAAGCUCCUGUUUCUGCAGAGCAAUCUGUGAAACCCGGCCAGGGUGAUAAGAUCAUCGAAACUCUUUGCAGUUCUACGAUUUACAAGCAAACCUGCGAGCAAACGCUCAAAAACAGAACAGAGAAGGGUUUUGCUUUAGCCAAUCCGACAACUUUCUUGAAGUCUGCCAUUGAAGCUGUCAAUGAAGAUCUUGACCUAGUUUUAGAGAAGGUCCUGAGCCUCAAGACUGAGAACCAGGACGAUAAAGAUGCGAUUGCACAAUGUAAGUUACUUGUGGAAGAAGCAAAGGAGGAAACUGCCGCAUCACUGAAAAAAAUCAACAUCACAGAAGUCAACAGCUUCGCAAAGGUAGUUCCUGACUUGGACAGUUGGCUAAGCGCGGUCAUUUCUUAUCAGGAGACAUGCCUUGACGGGUUUGAAGAAGGUAGCCUAAAAUCUGAAGUGAAGAAUAGCGUCAACUCUUCUCAGAUUCUGACCAGUAACUCUCUCGCGAUGAUCAAGUCCUUUGACGCAAGUCUCUCUCCGGUUAUGAAGCUCGCAACACGGCAUCUUCUUGAUGAAAUCCCGUCUUGGGUAAGCAACGAAGAUAGAAGAAUGUUAAGGGCUGUUGAUGUGAAGGCUUUGAAGCCUAACGCCACUGUAGCUAAAGAUGGCAGUGGAAAUUUCACGACCAUUAAUGAUGCUCUGAGCGCAAUGCCUGAGAAAUAUGAGGGAAGGUACAUCAUCUAUAUCAAACAAGGCGUUUAUGACGAAUCUGUGAUUGUUGAUAAGAAGAAGGCGAACCUUACUAUGGUCGGAGAUGGAUCACAGAAGACAAUUGUGACCGGAAACAAAAGCAACGCCAAAAAAAUCCGCACUUUUCUCACUGCGACGUUCGUUGCACAGGGAGAAGGGUUCAUGGCACAAUCAAUGGGGUUCCGAAACACGGCUGGGCCAGAGGGACAUCAAGCAGUCGCAAUACGUGUCCAAUCCGAUAGAUCAAUUUUCCUCAACUGCCGAUUUGAAGGCUACCAAGACACAUUGUAUGCUUACACGCACCGUCAGUACUACAGAAGCUGUGUGAUUAUCGGAACAAUUGACUUCAUAUUCGGGGAUGCGGCCGCCAUCUUCCAGAACUGUAACAUCUUCAUCAGAAAAGGCUUACCAGGACAAAAGAACACAGUGACCGCUCAAGGACGUGUUGACAAAUUUCAGACAACUGGUUUCGUGGUCCACAACUGCAAAAUCGCUGCAAACGAAGACCUUAAGCCCGUAAAGGCAGAGUACAAGAGUUAUCUCGGGCGACCGUGGAAGAACUACUCUCGAACGAUCGUAAUGGAAUCUACAAUCGAGGAUGUGAUUGACCCGGUUGGAUGGUUGAGAUGGCAAGAGACUGAUUUCGCGAUAGACACGCUCUACUACGCGGAGUACAAGAACAAAGGACCAAGUGGAGAUACAACUUCAAGGGUUAAGUGGCCUGGAUUUAAGGUCAUAAACAGAGAGGAAGCUUUGAACUAUACUGUUGGACCCUUCUUACAAGGAGAUUGGAUCAAUGCCUCAGGUUCUCCCGUUAAGUUGGGUCUUUAUGACGCUUAAUGACACCUCGUUGCUAUCCAGAGAAGGUCAUGUACUGGUGACUUGUUUUAUAUUAAAAGCAACGCUGAGAGGAAUUUAAAACUUUAUCCAUGGAAAUUUACUUGGAAAAUAUGGUACUAGAACAUAGUGUGCUAAGAGAAUGUGUUGUAUCAAACUUAUAUCGAUUUGUGCUCAAAAUAUUUUUGGAAGGAAGCAUAUUAUAAGUAAUACUUAGGAUCCAAA